UUAGCACAGGGCUUCACGAGAACUCGUUUCUCUCUUUUCUUCCUAUUCUCCCCUUUUCACUCUAUUAUAUUCUCUCAUCCGCAAAGCGCAGAAGUCUCUGCAUCGACCUUGAUUUUUCUCCAUCUUAGUUUAUGAGCUCGAAGGAGAAGCCCACUCUCGGUGGUACGCGGAUUAAGACCCGCAAACGGAAUAUUGCUGCGCCGCUGGACCCUGCAGCAUUUGCUGAUGCAGUGGUCCAGAUUUAUCUGGAUAAUGCUGGUGAUUUGGAACUUGUUGCUAAGAACCUCGAGUCUUCAGACCUCAACUUCUCAAGAUACGGUGACACUUUUUUCGAGGUAAAAUAUAAACAUAUAAGAUUAUAUUCAUACAGGAACUUUGCCACUAGUGUUCUCAAGGUGCGCAUAGAUAGAAUUUCAUUAUCAUAUGCCGUGUUGAGCUGUCGGAAUUUGCUGCAGUUAAGCAUGUUGUUCCUAUGCCUAAUGGUGUAUGGACUUUCUUAUUUCAGCAAUGCUGGCCUUUUGCCUUUGGUUGAAUAUAAUGAUAAGAAGAUAUUUGAGGUGAAGCUCAAGGAAAUGAAAUCUGCAUUAACAACUCAGCUAGCAGAAGAAGCUGCUAUCUCUGAAGUCAUAGAGACUGUGAAGCAACAUGUCAAAGAUGCCAAAUUGCCAGAUAUAGAGGUUGUGCGAAUUUUGUGGGAUGUAUUGAUGGAUGCUAUUCAAUGGUCAGGAAAGAAUCAACAGCAAAAUGCUAAUUCAGCUCUUCGUCAGGUGAAAAAAUGGGCGGAACUGUUGAAUACUUUCUGCACCUCUGGAAAGCUUGAAUUGGAACUUAUGUACAAAGUCCAAGUCCAGUGCUACGAGGAUGCUAAACUGAUGAAGUUGUUCCCUGAAAUUGUAAGGUCUCUCUAUGACCAAGAUGUGCUAGCAGAAGAUACCAUUCUUCAUUGGUUCCGUAAAGGAACAAACCUUAAGGGCAGGCAAAACUUUGUCAAGUCGCUGGAGCCCUUUGUGAAAUGGCUGGAGGAGGCGGAGGAAGAGGAAUGAAUUUCUUGUCAUACUGCAUCUCUUCGCAGCUGACCGUAUCUGAAACGUCUUUUUCCUGGAGAGUAGUUAUAUUCCCCCUGAGGAUUGAAUGAAUAAGAGACUUCUGAAUAUUCACACCAAUUGACAGUUUGUUAUGCUGCUGAUGUUAUGAAUUUCAUCUGUAUGAGUUUUCUUCCUUGGAUCUUUAUUUUCAUAUAUUCGUAUGCAUCUGUCUUUGUUUUCUCGAUUAA